AACAUCCGGGUCUCUCAGGUUCCUAUCUGGCGACCCGUCGCCAUUAGACCACGCUCCUUGUGACGGACCUCGUUUUUAGGCGAAAAAUCCCACAUUGGGUCGUUUUCCAGGUUCUGGGAAACAUCUAGCGCCUCGUUAAGGGCCCGCUGUUCUCCUUAACGAGCAGAACCGCGGGAUUCAGAGGGGGUUUUGGCCCCGUUUUGGCGAGCUUUCGUCCUCUCCUCUGCCAGCCUCCACGACUCGAGACGCCAUCACCGUGUCUCUGUAUUUCUCUCUGGUUUGUUUGGUAGUCAAGAUGUCGCCGUGAUGGGGUCUCCGCGUUUGACAGAAAUGAAUCAGGGCCUUCGCCGCCUGACCCGCGCACACCGCACGCCGUUUUUGUCCUCCGUUUCCCCGUUUGAUGCUAGAGAGCUCGGCGGCUCUCUGCCAGAAGCUCGGCCCGAUCAGCGCUCACUGCACGGAGACAAACAUGGAGAAAAACCCCAGCAGCAGCACCAGCACCAAGGUUCCGCCCCGGUCCAGCUCCACAGGCCCGCCGCCGGGAGAGUCUAAACCCAAAACAGAUGGUAAAAACAAUGGGGCCUCGAAGCGCUUCAACCGGAAGCGUGAGCCCUCCUUUCCCAAAGCUGAAAGUUUCCCCGGCCCUCGCCGCACCAAUUCACAGAAAAGCAAGAAUUUCGACAAGAGACCCCCUCAGAGAGGCGGAGGCCGACAGUAUGGACUCCCGGGCGGAGGACGACGCGAGGAGGUAGCAGAGACCCGCCGGGCCGAGUUUAGCCCGGCUCAGUUUGCUGGACCCAAGAAAAUCAGCCUGAACCACCUGCUGAACUUCACCUUCGAGCCGCGCGGCGGUAACGACGGCGUCGGAGACGGCGGCCACUCCUACUGGGGCCGCAGAAACAAGUGGGGCCACAAGAACAAGCCCUUCAACAAGGAGCUCUUUCUGCAGGCCAACUGCCAGUUUGUGGUGACUGACGACCAGGACUACAAGGCUCACUUCACUGACCCGGACACUCUGGUCAACUGGGACUGUGUGCAGCAGGUGCGCAUCUAUAGCCACGAGGUGCCGUCCUGCCCCAUCUGCCUCUAUCCCCCCGUGGCGGCUCGCAUCACGCGCUGUGGACACAUCUUCUGCUGGCCCUGCAUGCUCCACUACCUGUCUCUCAGUGACAAGAGCUGGUCCAAGUGCCCCAUCUGCUACGAGGCCGUGCACACCGCUGACCUGAAGAGUGUGGUUGCCAUGGAGACCAAGCAGUAUUUGGUCGGGGACGUGAUCACCAUGCGCCUGAUGCGCAGAGAAAAGGGGGCUCUGGUGGCUAUGCCGAGCUCGCAGUGGGUGAAGGUGGAGGAGCCGGUUCGCUUUGGAGAUGCUUCUCUGAGUCCGUUCUCCAAGCUGCUGCUGACCUCCACAGCGCAGGUCCUGGACUUGGUCACAGAGGAGAGGGGCAUCCUGCAGGCCCAGCUGAGCCAGGAGGAGGAGUCCCAGGGCUGCUUCAUCCAGAGCGCCCUCUGCCUUUUACAGGAGCAGGAGGAGACACUGCUGAGGCAGCAGGUGGCGAGCGCAGACAACCCCGACCUGUCCUCGCUGACUCUCAAAGUCCCUCCUCCGCCCGUGGAGGAGGAGGUGGUCACCCAUACCGUCAGCGCCAAGCCCGUGCUGCAGUACUCCUCAGCCUUCGACGACGAGGUGGCGGAGGCCACAGAGGACGCAGCCGCCGAGCCGCCGGCCGCUCCCGACGCCAUCUUGGAGAGCGUGCUGGAGGAGUCGCCUGAGGCGGUGGCGGGUUCCCCCCCGGAGCCGCGGCUGGAGGAGCAGCGGCUGGAGGAGCAGCUCCUGGUCACCCAGGCGGAGUCCGCCCGCCCCUCUGCUCCUGUGGUGCACGGACCGUAUUACUAUUUCUACCAAGCCGACGACUGCCAGCAGAUGUUCCUGCAUCCCGUGAACGUGCGCUGUCUGCUGCGUGAAUACGGCAGCCUGGAGGUCUGCCCUGACUCCAUCACCGCCACAGUGGUGGAGAUAGUGGGACACACAGUCACUGAGGAGAUCCGGCGCCGGCAUCGCUACCUGGCCCACCUGCCGCUCACGUGUGAAUUCAGCAUCUGUGAGUUAGCCCUGCAGCCGCCGGUGCUGUCCAAAGAAACCCUGGACACCUUUGCAGACGACUUGGAGAAGAGAAAGCGCCUGAGGCAGAAGAAGGCGAGGGAUGAAAAGCGCAGGGAGAAGCGGAUCGAGAUCGAGGAGAACAGGAAGCAGGGUAAAUAUCCAGAGGUGCACAUCGGACUGGAGAACCUCCAUCAUUUUCCAGCGUUCGGCUCUCCUCCUCACCACAGCAGCCCACCAGUCCAACCGGACUUUACUCUGGCCCCCCCGUCCCCCCUCAGCAGCAGCCCCUGCUCUGAUGGGAUGAGGUUCCCAGGUCUGAGUGAGUCCAUGCCUGCCGUGGGCAGCGUGGAGGACGAUUGCCACUGCAUGUCCUUUGCACAGAUGCUGAAGGAUGGGAAAGCCAGAGCUGAAGCCGGGCCCAGGAUCACUCCAAAGAAAGACAAGCUACUUGCCCCCCCAGCUGCAGACAGCGACGGUGAGAGCGACGGGUCGGAUCGUGUUCCCGUGCCCAGCUUCCAGAAUUCCUUCAGCCAGGCCUUUGAGAAGGCUCUUCUGCAGCUGGACAGCGGUCCCGCUUCCCCACCGCGACCCGCGGUAGAACCAGAUGAAAAGGGAGGGAAGAAGAAGAAGAAAAAGCAGAAGCUUCUCUUCAGCACAUCCAUGGUUCACACCAAGUAGACAGAACCGGAGUUCAUAUAAUUUUUUUUUUUUUUUUCUUCCGAUCUUCUGCUUGUGUUUUCUUUCCCCCCCCCUAGACGUGAGGAUCCAUCUUGGAAAUCUAAGCUAUGAAAGUAGGUUUGACCGUGUAGCCAAAGUUCACAUUUCUUCGGACCCCAUCGGUGAAAUACUGCUGAACGUCUUCCCACUAGUUUCAUUGGCAGUCUUUCUUUUUUUUUUUUUUUUUUUCUUGUUUUAACCGAUGUGUCACACUGAAAGCCCUCUGGGUCACCUGCAUUUCUGAUGCUGAGUAAAUGACUUUAACUAACGGCUGUCUCUAACAUUGUUCAAGCUUCAGGCUUUCCAUAACUUCCAUAGUUUCUCACACGUUCCAGUUUAUACCCAGAGUAUUGCGCCUAGGACAUAUUAAGAAAACGGGCAAAGUCAUUGCAAGGUGCGUCAUGCUAGAGUAGCAGUCAGCCAGCUGCGGGUUUGUUGCACCUUUUGCAUUUUUUUUUUUUUUUUUUUUACACCCACCCAGCAUCAUUCUGGAGAUCUACCUUGCAAACAAAUACUUCUUUUUCAGUGUUUCAUGCACAUGACUGCCCGGUUGGAAAAUGUGGGGCUAUUCGCAUUUAGCCGAUGGCCAGACUCAAAAGUUGCAUUUUCUAUCACCGUGGUAAGGACAGGAAAGACAACAGUAUUGAUGACUAGAAAAGCUAAAUUCAGUUCACACGAUAAAGAAUCACCGCUUGUUGGAAGCCAGAACGCGCACUUUUUCAUUCAGUUUGUCCCGCUUAAUUUUCUGAUUGGGAAUGUUUACUUUGACUUCAUCGUUAUCCCCGUUUUUUUAGCGUUUUUGUGUUGAAGAUGUGUGGCGCCGAGGGGAUUGCUGAGAUUGAACCCGUGCUUGUGAAAGCUAAAGAGAAGCGGGUUGGAUAUUUUCGUUUGAGGGUUCUUCACUUCACCUAUAUUUUUGAGCGGGUUUGUGGGGGUAGACGGCAUAAUUAGUAUGUUGUAACAAAUAAAGAUUUAUGCACAAUUA